AAUAUCUUAAUAUCUUUAUAGAUAUACUGACGAAAUAAUUAUCAAAGAAGAAGAUUUAGCAUAAGAAAAUGCAGAAAACUACAGUGAUAGAAGUGGAGGGAAUGACAUGUGGGUCAUGUGUGAGGAACAUUGAGGAGACAUUAGGACGAGAUAUUGGUGUCUACAGUAUCCAGGUGAUCCUGGAGAACAAAGAGGCUACCAUUAAGUACAGCCCAACAGAAACCUCUCCUCCUAUCCUUGCUGAAAACAUUGAAAAUAUGGGUUUCCCUUCAAAAGUCAAAUCCGUGCAUCCAGCCAGCACUGACCAAGCCACCAGGGAAGAAGCACUUAUAAGCAUCAAAGGAAUGACUUGUAUGUCCUGUGUUAGGAAUAUUGAAGGUCGUGUGAAGGAUAUUGAUGGAGUUGAGUCCAUAUCAGUACUGUUAGACAAGAAUCAGGGAAAGGUUUGUUUUGACCCAACGAUGAUAUCUGGGGAGAAGAUCGCAGCCAUCAUAGAUGAUAUGGGGUUUGAGGCAUGCUUGGAUACUGCUGGCAAUUUGGCUGCCAAGAUACAAGUGGAGGGAAUGACAUGCCAGUCGUGUGUGAAGAACAUUGAAACCAACCUCUCAAAGCAAGCUGGCAUCAAGGAAAUCAAAGUCUCGCUGGCUGACAAGGAAGCUUUCAUCAUUUAUGAUCCCAAAGUUACCAAUCCUCUCACUCUUGCAAGCCACAUAGAUAAUCUGGGGUUUGAGGCAUCACUGCCAAGAGGAAAAGAAUCAUCAUUGGAGGCUGAAUUUGAUAGGCUUGCUAACAGAGGUAGAUCUGGGGGACCAAGCAGAUGCACUAUCUCAAUUAAGGGGAUGACCUGUAACUCAUGUGUAAAAAACAUUGAAGGCAACAUCUCUGAUAAACUGGGCAUAUUGAAAAUAAAUGUGGUGUUAGAGAAAGAAAUCGGCCUCAUAGAAUUUGACCCAGGGGUGACCAGUGCUGAUAAGAUAGCUGACAUGAUUGAUGACAUGGGGUUUGAAGCAAAGGUAGUAGAUGGGGAUGAUGGAGGCUCAAGACCAGAGACUGCCUCUACAGUCAUCAGCAUUCAUGGCAUGACAUGUAACUCGUGCGUAAAGACCAUUGAGGAUACACUUGGGAAGAAUUCUGGUGUUAAGAUGAUCAGUGUGUCUUUAUCUGACCAGACUGGGAAGAUAGACUACUACCCAAACAGAAUCACUCCACAGAUGUUAUGUGAUGUUAUUGAGGACAUGGGUUUUGAUGCCUUUCUCCCAGGAAGUUCCAGGGACCCUAACAAGUUACCCGAGGUAGCGGUGACCAAGUCAUCAAGUGCUGUAUCUGAAGCGAGUCGCAAUGUUUGUGAAUCUGUGAAGAUUGGCACAAAUGCUGUUCAUUACAAGCGUGGACAGGAAGAUGAGGAUGGCGAGUAUGAAAAAUGUUUUCUACGAGUGACUGGGAUGACUUGUGCCUCCUGUGUUAACACUAUAGAGAAAAAUCUUGGAAAGAAGGAAGGGAUCGGUUCCGUAUUGGUAGCCCUGAUGGCCCAGAAAGCUGAAGUGAAAUAUGACCCUGCCUACAUUCUCCCAUCACAAAUCGAAAAUGCCAUUAACAAUAUGGGCUUCCACGCCACUGUACUGGAGAACGAGACAGCAGGACAGGGUGUCGUGGAAUUGCUGAUCAAUGGGAUGACCUGCUCCUCAUGUGUUCACCUUAUUGAGUCCUCACUGAUGAAGAAGCCAGGAAUUCAGGCCGCCUCCGUAGCUCUGGCUACAUGUAAAGGACGAUUUGAAUACGAGCCUGAAGUGACUGGAGCACGACAGAUUAUUGACAUUAUUAGGGAGCUGGGCUUUGAGGCUGACUUGUACACAGAUGAUGAUAAAAGUGCAUCAAGAUAUGAUCACAGAAAUGAAAUCAAGAGAUGGCGGACAUCAUUUUUCUGGUCCCUGAUAUUUGGAGUACCGUCUAUGGUGAUUAUGAUGUACUUCAUGUUUGCCAAGCCAGCCUCUACAGAAGACAAUGACAUUGUAAACAUUACAGACAAUAUGACAACCACACCCAUGCCCCACUCCGCCAUGAAAGGUAACCAUAUCAUGCUGACCGCUGGUCUCUCACUGGACAACCUCCUUAUGUUUAUUUUGGCCACACCGGUUCAGUUUUUUGGAGGCCGGAUAUUUUACAUACAGGCGUUCAAGGCUGUCAAACAUCGCGCAGCCAACAUGGAUGUGUUGGUUGUCCUGGCAACCACUAUAUCCUAUGUGUACUCCAUCGCUGUAGUAGUGGCUGCAAUGAUUUUACAAGAGGAAGUGUCACCUGUGACCUUUUUUGAGACUACUCCGAUGUUGAUGGUCUUCAUCUCUCUAGGAAGAUGGUUGGAGCAUGUUGCCAAGGGUAAAACAUCAGAGGCCUUAGCGAAGCUGAUGUCCCUUCAGGCAGUGGAGGCAUGUCUGGUGGAGACAGACAAAGAAGGAAACAUCAUCAAUGAGAAGACAAUUAGUGUGGACCUGGUGCAGAGAGGGGACAUCCUAAAGGUUUUGCCUGGAGAGAAAAUCCCAGUUGAUGGUAAAGUUCUGGAAGGAACUUCAACCUGCGAUGAGUCACUAAUAACAGGAGAAUCAAUGCCUGUCAUCAAAACAGCAGGGUCUUCUGUGAUUGGUGGCGCUAUCAAUCAAAAUGGAAUGCUGUUGGUCAAUGCAACACAUGUUGGCUCUGAUACGACACUCUCUCAGAUAGUCAGACUUGUGGAGGAAGCACAGACUUCUAAGGCGCCAAUACAACAGUUGGCAGACACCAUCGCUGGUUACUUUGUCCCUGUAGUGUGUUCUCUCUCAACCCUCACCCUCAUCAGCUGGAUUAUCAUCGGCUAUACCAAUAUCUAUCUGGUGGACCCAUACUUUGAGGAGAAUGGACCAGUAUCUAUUAAGGAAGUGGUGUUUCAGAAGGCCUUCCAGUAUGCCAUUACAGUGCUAAGUAUAGCAUGUCCCUGUGCCCUUGGCCUAGCCACACCCACUGCUGUUAUGGUGGGCACAGGAGUCGGAGCAACUAAUGGCAUCCUGAUCAAGGGGGGAGAACCCCUGGAAAUGGCUCACAAGAUAAAAUGUGUGGUAUUUGACAAGACUGGCACAGUUACCCACGGAGUUGCUCGAGUGGCUCGGAUUGCUACAUUUGUUGAGGAAGAAACCUGUUCUUUCCUGAAACUCCUUGUGGUUAUUGGUACAGCAGAAGCAAGUAGUGAACAUCCUAUUGCCUCUGCCAUCGUCAAGUACACAAAAGAGACCUUGUCUGUGGAGUCCCUUGGUAAGACCAUUGACUUCCAGGCAGUCCCUGGUUGUGGUCUGAAGUGUAGUGUUAGCCAUGUUGAGGGUCUUCUCACACAUGUUGACCUUGUUGCUGUGAACAACAAAAAAAACCAGAGUGGAAGUUUGAGGGUGAAGACUGAUAAUGUGAUGUUCCAUGGGGAGGACAAUAGCACUAUACAGAUAGAAGAUGUAGAGUUGGAGUCAUUAGGAGCUGUUGCAUCCAGACAAUACAGUGUGCUUAUUGGUAACCGUGAAUGGAUGCAUAGAAACGGCCUUCAGGUAACCCCAGCUAUGGACCAGACAAUGUCCGAGCAUGAAGAGCAAGGUCACACCGCUGUUCUGUGUGCUAUAGAUGGGGUCCUCGUUGCUAUGGUAGCGGUAGCUGACACAGUAAAAUCGGAGGCUCACCUUGCAGUCAACACACUCAAGGAAAUGGGACUUCAAGUGUUCUUAUUGACUGGUGAUAACCAGAAGACAGCAAAAGCCAUUGCUAGACAGGUGGGUAUACAGAAGGUUUUUGCCGAAGUACUGCCAUCCCACAAGGUCAAGAAGAUCAAACAGCUUCAGACUCAGGGUCUAAAGGUUGCUAUGGUUGGAGACGGUGUUAAUGACUCACCUGCCCUUGCUCAAGCAGAUGUUGGUAUUGCCAUAGGAACUGGUACUGAUGUGGCUGUAGAGGCUGCAGACAUUGUUCUUAUACAGAAUGACCUUAUGGAUGUGGCAGCUGCCAUCAAGUUAUCAAAAAUGACUGUGCGAAGAAUUCGCAUCAACUUUGUGGCUGCCUCAGUCUACAAUCUAAUAGGGAUUCCGAUUGCUGCAGGGAUCUUUAUGCCAGUGGGUGUGUCCCUCAAGCCAUGGAUGGCAUCGGCAGCUAUGGCCAUGUCCUCCGUAUCCGUUGUCAUGUCCUCACUCUUCAUCAAAACAUUUAAGAAAACAAGCAGACAGAAGUAUCUGACAUCCAACUACCUGAAACAGUUUAAGGAAGACCAGGAGCUAGAUAAUAUCUCCAUUCACCGUGGGAUUGAAGAGGGGCGCAUGAGUCGUGAAGGUAGCAAACAGGGUAGCAUUUUGUCUCGACUGAGCGGGAAGAAAAAGCCAGUGACAACAGACCAUGUGAGUCUCCUGGACACAGCUGAACAGUCCGACUCGGAAGGGGAAGUAGAAUUCAUGUAAUGAAGACUGUGUGAGGAGUUUUCCAUCUUAUUUGUAUAUAUACUGAUACAUGUGUAUAAUGAUGUAAUCAAACUCCAUUAUGACAUUGUGUAUUACCCAGUUACAACAUGAUAGUAUAUCACAUAUGCAAGAGAAACCUAGACUAUUGUUGAUAUUUUUACGUUGGGUAGUAUAGGUCAGGCAUUGCUUCAUUAUAUAUUCUUGUAGAAUAAUGUUAAAUGGAUUGUAGUAUGAUUUCUUACAAUACAAAGUGUGGUGACUUAUAGUAAAUGGUAUGAUGUCUUACAAUACAAAGUGUGGUGACUUAUAGUAAAUGGUAUGAUGUCUUACAAUACAAAGUGUGGUGACUUAUAGUA